AUGGGCUGCCGAAAAGAAAACAUAGAUAAAAGGGUGAAGCUAUGGCGUCUGAGAGAGGAGGGGAAAGAAGAGUAUUUUAAGUAUGUGUUUGUUUAUGCACAAAGCCCCGGUGUCUCCCAAGAGGCCGCUUCCAUCGUCAAACCAAACGCCUCCAAUAGUCCAUCAUCACACUCGUCUGCAAUUCACACAAUCGGUACCAAGAGAGGGAGAAAUAAAGGGAUGAAACAGCAUUGUCUUGGCUUAUGCAUCAUCUUUUGUCAAGUCCAAUUUGUAUUAGCCUCCAGCCAUUUCCAGGAAAUAUGGCUUGAGAUUCAUGUUCAGCGAGAAUGGUAA